AAAUGGGGAAUUGUGUGUUCAAAGGGUUGCAAAAUGGUGUAUUGGAGGACAUGAAGGUGAAAGUAGUGACUUCAAAUGGUGGAAUCAUGGAGCUAUACUCUCCCAUCACAGUUGAAUGCAUAACAAACGAGUUUCCGGGCCAUGGCAUUUUUCGCAGGUAUCAUAACAUGAUAUCAGAGCCUCUAUCAAACGGCGAAGAACUCCAUGGCGGCCAAAUCUACUACCUCCUACCUCUAAACCCAACAUUAUUAUCUUCAUCAAGCAAAAGGGUACCUAUAACCGAAACCAAUAAUCCCAACAUAACACCAUAUAGAAUGUCCACGUGUGAAAAGAACACAAACCCUAACCCUAACAAUAACAAGAACACAUGGUGGGAACCUCAUGAGGUUCUUCCUAGGUACAACAACACGGGUGUGUGGAAGGUGAAGCUUGUAAUAAGCCCCGAGAAGCUGUCGGAGAUUCUUGCACAAGAUUCUAGGACCGAGGCGUUGAUUGAGAGUGUGAGGACGGUGGCAAAGUGCGGCAGCGGCGUUGCGCCGUCGUCGUCGAUGACUAACUCCGAUCAAUGGAGCGUGUGUAGUAGCAGUUGUAAAGGUUCUACGUUUGGUGUGGAUAGUUAAAAUUUAGCUUUACCUUUUUCAGUUUUUUUUUUUAAUUAUUGUUAUUAUUGUUUAAUAACCCUAAUUAUUGUCUACUUUAUUUGCUUCUGUAGAUGAUAAAUAUUAGCUUUUGAUUUUUUUCUUCA